AAAUUGAGCGGUGCCUAGAGCACUAUCAAUCUUAUUCAUAAGUUACAGAAGCUUUUGGUCUUGUUUUCAGUCACCUGAUACUUUCGGACUUCAAAGGGGAAAUCCAUUUCUCUGAAUUUUUAGUUUUUCUUUUCUUAUUUGCGCAAAUUUUGUUGGAGUUUUCUUCAGGUAUCAUGGCGUCCAUUAUUGCAAGCUUGCCUCCACUACUAUUGGCCGCCCAUGGUGGAAAUAAUACCUUCUUCAGAGCUCUUCCAAAACUCCCAGUUUCUUCCAUUAGAGAGAGACAGAAUCGUGCUUCUGUUGUGGUGAAGGCUACUGGGGAAAGCUCGGAGUCUUCGAACUCCCUUAGUAUUGUAAAAUCUGUUCAGAAUGUCUGGGAUAACUCAGAAGAUCGGCCAGGUCUUGUUGGUUUGGGGUUUGCAGCUGUAGUUGCAUUUUGGGCAUCAUCGAAUCUGAUUUCAGCCAUCGACAAGUUGCCGCUUAUCCCAAGUGUUCUAGAAUUUGUUGGAAUACUUUAUUCUUCGUGGUUUAUAUAUCGAUAUCUCUUAUUCAAGCCUGAUCGGGAAGAGUUUUUCCAAAUCGUCAACAAAUCCAUAUCAGAUAUCUUGGGCCAGUGAAUUUCUAAUCAAUCCCAACUGAAAUUGUGGCAGAUGUGUAAUUCCAGAUAUGAGAAUGUAUUUUGGGGAAGGGAUUGACAGGAAGUGGGUGGAGUGAAAGAGCAAUUUGUACAACAUUUGCUCACAUUUUAAUGUGGUGCAUAAUUUCCUUC